AACCCAAAAUCCAAUUUCCUCCAUUCAUCUCGCAGCCCUAUCUACUUCCCAAAAGCCAACAAAUUCUCUUUUAAACACUUCCCUUUUAUAUGGUUGUAGGAUCUUCGCUCUAUCUCUAUCUCUAUCCUGCAAUCUUCAUCCCUUUGUUCUUCAUCCGCCAUUAUCGACGAAGAAACCCACUUCUGGGUUGAUUUCCUGCCACUCGCCGGCACUUCUCUUCAGUAGGCGCAAGAAAUGGCUCAGAUUUUAGCUCCAUCUACUCAAUGUCAACUGAGAACUAAACAGAGUUCACUGGGUGGAAGCCCCAUAAUCCCCAAGAUGUGGAGUUCUUUGCUUAUGAAGCAGAGCAAGAAAGGAGGUGUGAAAAGCUCAGCAAAAUUCAGAGUUUUGGCUCUCAAAUCUGAUGGUAGCACCAUAAACAGGAUGGAAGAUCUACUAAAACUGGACGUUACUCCAUACACUGACAAGAUCAUUGCUGAAUAUAUCUGGAUUGGAGGAUCUGGCAUUGAUUUGCGUAGUAAGUCAAGGACCAUUUCAAAGCCUGUUGAACAUCCAUCUGAGCUACCAAAGUGGAACUACGAUGGAUCGAGUACUGGACAAGCACCUGGGGAAGACAGUGAAGUCAUUCUAUAUCCUCAAGCAAUUUUCAAGGAUCCCUUCCGUGGUGGCAACAAUAUUUUGGUGAUUUGUGAUGCAUACACACCAGCUGGUGAGCCCAUCCCUACGAACAAACGCCACCGAGCUGCUGAGAUUUUCAGCAACAAGAAGGUUGUGGAUGAAGUUCCUUGGUAUGGAAUUGAGCAAGAGUACACCUUACUUCAGACAAACGUGAAGUGGCCAUUAGGUUGGCCGGUUGGAGCUUAUCCUGGACCUCAGGGUCCUUAUUACUGUGGUGUCGGAGCCGAUAAGUCGUUUGGUCGAGAUAUAUCAGAUGCUCACUACAAGGCUUGUUUAUAUGCCGGGAUCAACAUUAGUGGUACCAAUGGAGAAGUCAUGCCUGGCCAGUGGGAGUUUCAAGUUGGUCCUAGUGUUGGGAUUGAAGCAGGAGAUCAUAUUUGGUGUGCUAGAUACAUUCUUGAGAGAAUUACCGAACAAGCUGGGGUGGUUCUCUCUCUUGAUCCAAAACCAAUUGAGGGUGACUGGAAUGGAGCAGGAUGCCACACCAAUUACAGUACGAAGAGCAUGAGAGAGGAAGGAGGGUUUGAAGUCAUAAAGAAGGCUAUUCUGAAUCUGUCUCUUCGCCACAAGGAGCAUAUCAGUGCCUAUGGAGAAGGAAAUGAGAGGAGGUUGACAGGGAAGCACGAGACAGCAAGUAUCAACUCCUUUUCCUGGGGAGUGGCUAACCGCGGUUGUUCGAUCCGUGUGGGACGUGACACUGAGAAAGAAGGAAAAGGUUAUUUGGAAGAUCGACGUCCCGCUUCAAACAUGGACCCAUACGUCGUGACCUCGCUGCUGGCAGAAUCAACACUACUGUGGGAGCCAACACUCGAAGCUGAAGCACUUGCUGCUCAGAAACUGGCAUUGAAGGUCUAGAGCCAAUGAGUCAUAGUUGGUCUUGAGGGCAAAGUUCUAAGUUGAUUAAGUUAAGUUACCAACCAAGGAGAAGAAUUUCCCUCAUUCUGUUAGAUAAUGCAGAGAGAGACCUUUUGUAAAUAAAGGUCUUGAAGUCUUCCAGUCAGCUUUUCAGAACAAUCAUUCAUGCAAAAAACAAAAAAAAUAAUAAUCUUUUGGAGCAAAAAGAAACUUCAUCUGUGUACCUUGCAGAUGUUCAUUUUAUUUGAAUGUUUACUCAAUUGGAUUUGGACA